UAUAGAUAACUUGUCAAGGAAAUUAAUUCUCUCCAACAACAUAGAUCUAGUUUUCAAUCCACCUAAAAUGUACAGUCUUAGGGAUUUUCCCAAGGAUGGAGUAUAGAAACUCCCUUUGAAUAUCAGCAAUUCUGUAAUUCAAGAGUUAAGAGAAUCUUCUGGGGCAUCAGAAGGCUAAAUGCUUGGUUUGUGCCUGUGUCUGUGCCUAACCAAAUGUGUCUGACAAAGGCCUUGAUUCUAGUGCAAUGCUAGCUAGCUAGACUACACCGUGAGAGGGAUGUUGAGACAGAGACAUAUAUCUUUCCAGACAUAUGCAUCUUUAUUUCUCAAUAAACUCAAAGCUUUUUUUAAAAAAAAGUUCUAACACAUUUUGCAUUAACAAAAGAAAGUGAGCUCAUCCACACUGAUUGAGAAGGCUAGUGACCAUUAAUAAAGAAGCAAACCCACACAUGAUAUGAUAGAGAUAGGGAGUGUAAUAGAAUGAGUAGAAAGUAGUCCUUGGAGCCCUUGACCUGGGUUCCAUUUCUAUCUCUUAUACAAUGUGUGGCCAUGGGCGAGUCACUUCCCUUUACGGUUUCCCCAAGGAAAUCUCUUAACACUUUGAGGUGCCAAGGAGUUGCUUGUCUACAUUGAUAAAAGGGUGGUUCCUUUCCAGGAGUUGCCUACAUUUAUGAAGUCACAAGUCUAGACAAAAACAAACAGUAACAAAUAUAUAUACCCUGUGAGUCAGGAUGCUUUAAAGGAGCUUGGGAUUGGAAUGUGUGUAUGUGUGGUAUAAGUAGAUUUUUUAACCCAGAUUUUGUGGGAGCAUGAUGAGGUCAUUGACUAAAGGUAAGACUUAGAGUCAGGAUGCCUGGAUUGACUGCCAACUCUAUAACAAACUCACUGUGGGACCAUAGGCAAGCCACUUCAGCUCACUGAGCCUCAGUUUUUUCAUCUGUACAUUGGGGAUAAUAAUGCACAUAUGACAUUCUGCAGUUGUGAGGAUAAAAUUAGAUCAUUGGAUGCAUAACACCACAUAAAUGCAGGUGAUUGUUAUUUUCAUUCAUUCAGGAGGCAUAGCAAGUGCUUGUGGGGGUCCCUAUCUGGUAGGAGGGAGAUCAGAUCAGGUUGUUUUUGUUUAUCCCCUCCAGCUGACUCCCAUCUAUCAAAGAGCUUUCUCCAGCUUUGAUCGAGUGGAGGUCAAUGGCUUUCGGCUGGGUUCAGUGGUGGUGAACACAACCAUCGUAUUCAGAAACAAGACUCGAGCCCCUUCUCCCAUGGAUAUUGUCUGGGUCUUGUAUCGGGAAGUGAAGGGAGUGGGGAUGAUGCUGGGUAACCUCUCUUUAGCUGAAAACAGCAUCCAAUCUGAAGCUUCCACACUGACCACCCUGGCCCCAUUAACUGUCCAUGUCUCCCUCACCACCAUGGAGCCCUUUGUGUCUUCUCUCCUAAGACCUGGGUCUGCCACCUAUAUUACCCUGGAAGGACAGACUAUGGGACCGGUGACACCAGUGGUGUUGGGAUUCUAUGGGAUGCAUCCCCAGCAGCGGCCUCUGCUCCUCUUCAGCAAUGAUGACCAGUGGGUGGGUGUCACCAUUGUAUACAAGUUCAACGUCCCCAUUCCUGCUGAUCUUCGAGGUCUGGCUGACCGUCUUGCCCGGGAGGUGACAGAUACACACAUCCAGAAAUCUAGCAUCUCAGUCAAUGAGGAGAAGGCAGAGCUGACCAUUUACAACUUGUGGCUUCGGAUUCCCAACUGGCCAUUUACUGAAGCAUUGAAGGACAAGGCGAGCAGGGAGUCUCGGGAGCUACGGGGGAGGCUGACCCGUGGGCUUACCACCAUCCUCAAACCCACCCAGAAUUUUGCAGAAGUCAUCGUGGAAGAAUUCCUACCCAGCCCAAUGACAGCUAGAGUGAGGCCCACCUACUUCAGUACCGCACCUUCAGAGACUGACGUCCAAGAGUGGGUGUCUCAGGGGCUGGGAUUCCUUAAGGAUGCUGAAGGUCUCUCUGUGGAGCUGGCUAGCCUUGACUUGCCAAGUUCGAAGCCCCCCGUGCUGCCUAAAGCCCCCUUCCCCAGUUAUGCUGUGGCCAUGAUUGUCCUGGGCCUCCUGCUCCUCCUGGUUGUUCCCCUGGUCCUUGUCCUGGCACUUAAGACGAAUGUCUGUAGCCAGAUAGCUGGUCUGUGUAUCUGGAAACCCCGCUAUGGCCGCCAGGUCACUGCUUCUGAGUAUACGAUGCACUCCUAUGACCUCAAACACUGAUGUACCACCAGGAGGAGAGACCAGAGCCCAAGGAAGACUCAUCCAUCCCCGCAUGCCUCCUUCCAGCCAUCCAGGGUCCCUCUGGAUCACAGUUACUGCCCAAAACCAGAAAAAGGAUUGGGGUGGGAUAGUUAAAGGCUGAAAAAUGAUGGGAAGCAUUCAUUUUGCCCCUUUCUCUGACCAGAGUCAGCCCUUUCUAGUCCUAAACCCAUAAAACCCUGCCUGAACUUGAGGUGAGGAGAUCUGAGAUGUGAUGAGUGGCCAAGUCUGAUGAUGCCACUUUUCCAUUGCCCAUUCCAUACUCACUUUCCUGGAAGCAUCCAGGCUUUUGGACUGAUCCCUCUCCCUCCACAUCCAACCUCCACUCUAUUCAGAUCUCUGCACUCUUAUCAUAAACCAAGGCGAGAUACCCCAAAAUCCAAGUCUUCCCCUUCCCAGGUGGUGGUUCUAUUGUCACAAGGGCCUUCUGGUGAAAUUGUAACCCAGAGAAAAGAUUGCAAUGAGGGCAUAAGGUCCCAUGGAAGUUUUUUUGGGGAGCAGGGGCUCAUCUUCAUGUUAUUCUAAUGUAGGAGGCCAAGUAGCCUGUAGUUGAUCCUUUCCAAGCUCACAGGGCUUCUCUCUGGACCAGAGCCCUUCUCUCUUCUCCAGGCCCAAUUCAGCUAUGCUCUGUUCUGAUCACUACCAUCCCUCUGCCCUUUGAAGUCUGUGGCCUUCAGUUAUCUCCAAUCCCCUCUCUAUUUGUUAGCCCUCAUCUACCUUGGAAAACUAGAGGGAAAAGGACACUACUAUAAGCUUAUCAGCAGGUGCCCAGGGUUUGAAGCUACUCUUCCCAUAGAGGCAACCUAAGAGGAAGAGAUGGGGAAGUGAACCCUCUGGGUAAGGGGAAAUGGAUGUGACCAACAUGGAGAGAGCAGACAUGUUGGAUAUGGCAAUGGGUGGAAAGGGAGGUUGAGGUUACCUUGGGAAGGGUCUUCAAUGCCAGGCUUAGGCAUGUGGACUCACUCCUAAGUCUAACUCCCCAGGCCCCUUCUUCCACAAUACCCAGAUUCCUGUUAUUCUAUGUAGAGGGCAGGUUGCUGACCCAAAUCUUGGGAAGCAGAGGGUGGCAUAAAAAGGGGAGAAACCUGCAGAAGCUGGGUCCAGCCCCCAGCUUCUCCCCACCAGACCCUGCCCCACUCUCUUCUCCCUCUCAGAGCUCACUUGUCUCAGAUCCUCUGAUAAAUUAUUACCUGCUCAUAGGACUGAAGCUAACUUCCUUUUGAGAGAUGUUUCUUACCACGUCAUAUUGAAAGGCCAGUCUUAUCUGUGUUCAAGGACACAUAGGAGGCAUUUAUUGAGUGGUUGACCAUGUGUCCACUGUGCUAAGGACUAGGGAUACAAAUGGAAGCAAAUGACCCUGUCCUUGCUUUCCAGAGACUUACAUUCUAAUAGAGCAAGACAGCACAUCUAGGGGAGUUGGGGAUUGGAAAGAGGCUCACAAAGAGGCAGGUGAGGAGCCAUGAGUGAGGUAAAGCAUGGCUGUCGGCCUUCUUAAAAUGGCGGACCUGGGCCAGGAAUCGCCAAUCAAGAAGGUUGGCAAGGGACAGUCAAGGAGAAGGAUGAAAAGGAGAAGUCUGGAGAGAAAGUUCAGUUAUGAGUGAGAGGUAUGAAAGGAACUUAAAGAUCUGGCUUAACCCCUUUAUUUCACAAAGGAGGAAAUACUCAUAUGGUGUCAAAUAAUCAGAAGAAUACUCAAUUUGGAAUCAAGGAGUUGCACUUGAAUCCCAACUAUCACUUACUACUUGUGAAGCCUUAGGUGAGUCAUUUUAUCCUUGAUCCUCAGUUUCCUUAUUUGUUAAAAUGAGAGAGUUCCUCUAGAUGACCUCUGAAGUCCCUUCCUUGCUCCAAA